AUGUUCACACGCGGUCAACAAACACUGACGACGUCUUUUCAUCGCCCUUCAGCGCUCAUGCUUUGGUAACUGACAGGACACAGUGAACCGCAUCGACGCCUUUUACACAUCCGACGCUCGGCUUUGUUGUUAGAUUUAUUCUAGCUUCCUGCUAGACUUUAAAAAACAUUUCUAUCUUAACCGGUUUACUCGUUUGCUUAUUUGCUCAAAUCGUAUUUGUACACAUUGCCGCGACUUCGAGGGUCUUUGAGUCGAUGAAGUUUCGUGUCCACGCUCAAAGUCCAUCUUAGUCCUCCCCCCAGCUUAGUGUCUAAAAAACAGACACUAAAAUACAGAAUACAGCCUCCUCCUUCUUUUGCUGAAUUCAGUUCAGUUUAUUUGUAUAGCCCAUUUUCACAAAUUAGACAUUAGCCUCAGAGUGCUUUACAAUCUGUACACAUACACAUCCCUGACCUUUGACCUCACAUCGGAUCAGGAACAACUCCCAAAUAACCCUUCAGGGGGAAAGAGGUAAGAACCCUUCAGGAGAGAACAGAGGAGGAUCCCUCUCCAGGAUGGACAGAACAAUAGAUGUCAUGUGACCAGAAGGAAUCAUUACACACAAAUUAAAACACAGGAACAACACAAUGAAUACGACAGAGUGGAUGAAGAGUUGGAAGUCGGCAUAUUCCACGAUCCAGACCUCCUGAUCCAUCAGGCAGAUGGAGGUAGAGAGGAGGAGUGGGCGGAGUCUCAGCAGUGGGCGGAGUCUCAGCAGGGCCGUGGCGUAGUUGCUGAAGCCCUUUGCAAUCAUGGCAGGGAAACCUUAUUUCUUCUUAAAUUGUGAAAAGACACCCGAUGAAGUCUCCCUUCCACUUCUCGACGUCGCGCAUCGCUCUCAUCGGUUCAGCUCCGCGUGCGAAGACGUGUCUGGAGUUGGAGCGGUACCUCCAGACGGAGCCCAAGCGACUCUCGGAGCUCUUUGACGAGGAGCUGGACGGCCUCUUGACGCCUUCCUUCACGCAGGGGGGAGACAGCGACGAGGACCUGAUGGAUCCCCUCCUCCCCGGCCUCCCGGACCAACCCGGCCCACCUCCACUCCUGGUGUCUCUCCCCAAAGCCCAGGCCAGAAUCCUGCAGGUGCCCAACUCCAUCAAGACCCAAGCAGAGGCUGAAACGCUCUCGCCGAAGGACCGAGUCCCGGCGGGGGUCAGCGCCGCGCAGCUCAGCGCCGCCGUCACGUCCCUGACGCCGCCGUCGUCACCGGAGCUCGGCCGCCACCUCGUCAAAUCCACACAGACACUGACCGCGACGGCGGACGGCACGCUGACGCUCAAAUUUGUGGCGAAGAAGGUCGGGUCGGGGGCGGCCAAAUUGGCGGCGACGCGAGCGCUACCGUCGCCGCCGGGCCGGGGAGGGGCCCUCAGCGACGGCGAGCAGGGAGGAGGAGGAAGUCUGAGUGGAGAGGUGCCAGAGAACAAAAAGAGAGUCCACCGGUGCCAGUUCAUCGGCUGCAGAAAGGUUUACACCAAGAGCUCCCACCUGAAGGCGCACCAGAGGACUCACACAGGUGAGAAGCCCUAUAAGUGCUCAUGGGAGGGCUGCGACUGGCGCUUCGCCCGCAGCGACGAGUUGACGCGACACUACCGCAAACACACCGGAGCCAAGCCCUUCAAGUGCAACCACUGCGACAGGUGUUUCUCUCGGUCAGACCACCUCGCCCUGCACAUGAAGAGGCACAUCUGAGGGCAACAAGAGAAGGAGACGAGAAGGAGAAGGAGAAGAAGCAAGAGGAGACAUUGGAGCAGGAGGAGGAGGAGGAGAUAGGAGGAGGGAGGGAUGGGCAGUCGAGCUACCAACCGCCCGCCUCGUUCACCCCGUCCGUAAACCAGCCGAGAGGAAGAUCAAACCGGAGCGCCGGCCCUCUCGUCGGAGGCUGCGACCGGAGGGGAAAACGAGGAGUAGCUAGAUUGUUGUUUUUUUCUUUAAACCUACACACUCGCAAGAGUGAACACCCAACACACCCGUCUUUGAACGCAUCGUACCCGGUGAACCCCGGCUGCUCUCAUGCGGCUCUGGGGGCUUGGACACUGCCAAACCAACAUGUACUUAUUUUACUUAACGCCGCCUGUUUUUUCUUUCUCUGUAGUCAGUGUGUUUAAACCAUGAAGUCACUUCUGGUGAGAAGGUAGUUCAGUGGGGAACACUUAAAAUAUCCCCGUAGUCAGUUGUUAGUGCUUUACCGGCUUUUAAAAAUCAAAUACUCAACUUUUGUCAUUGCUUAUUUUUUUCUUCAAUAUUUCUCAUACACGGAACUUUUAGAAACCAUCAUCUGCCGCAGUCAGCUUCAGUAAUCUAUGUGAAGAAAACAACAACGAAUCUGCAGGAGAGACUGUCCGGCUCGACCGAUUGUCACAGCUGACAAUCGGGGCCCGGACGCUUGGUACUUUUUCGGCGCACCCGUGGGAGCCUCGGUCAGCGGGCGCCGCUGCAGCUCUCAGGCUCUCCUCCGGUGGGCGUUCGCUCGGCUACGCCGAGACGCCCGCCGCCUCCGCAGGACAUCUGACAGAAAUGCGCGGCGACACUUUCUUCCCUUUUUUUCUACUUAGAGGACGAUAAUUCUUCUUAUUGUGGUAAUUGCAAAGAAUGACACUUUGUUCUUGUUUCUCUGUUGGAGAAAACGUCUUCAAACUCACUGAAUUGUGUUUGAGGGGGGAAAAAAGGAAAAGUUAAAAAAUGUCAAAAAAUAAACAGAAAAUCUUGAGGAUGUCAUCAACCGAAUGUGGGAUGAGAAGGAGAGCGCUGUUGGUCUUUUAAACCCCCCCCCCGUGUGCACUGGCUUCGUUUCUGCAGCAAAAGAAGAAGAAGAAAAAAGAAACGGAAUCAUAACGACACUCAGAAAAAAGGGAUUUGUCCUUUUUUUGGGACUGACAUAAAAGCAGAGAGGUCUCCAGGUUGCGUUUCUUUCAGCGCUGCUCCUUCCGCCCUGCGAUUCACUUGAACUGGGAGCCGCUUGCGUGACCUUUCCUGGUCUCGCGCUCUUACCGGUGGCGGGCGGGAGGACUCGCUGAGAGAACAAUGGAAAACCUGUUUUCUCCUCUUUCUUUUUUGCUUUUUUUGUUGAUUCGGAGAGUCGUCCCGGAGCUCUUUCACAGACUCUGAGAUCUCAUCUCGCCGGGGCGGCGCCGCGUGGGCACGCCGAGCGGAGGCCGAGGAGCCGCUUUUGGCUCGCUCGCGUCGGGACUCGAAAAACGGACGCGGUCACGCCGGCCCCCGGUCGAAUUUGCCUGUUUCAUAUCCAUUGACUGCACUGACUCCCUCUUCUUUUUAUGGGGUUUUCAAUGUUAUCUGUGCUUUUUCUUUCUUUUUUUAUACAGCUGAAAGAAAAUGAACUCAAAGAAAAAGAAAAAAAACUCAUAAAAAGACUUGGGGAAGAAAAGAAAACGACACAAAAAACUCUUCUGUCUCGCGCUACACGUUGUAUAGAGAACAAGAACACACACUCCGUCUACACACAGACUUACACUGCGGUUUCUUUGCUCACUCUUGAGAUAAGACUAAUAAGAUUUAGAAAAAUAAUGAAUAAACGAAUGAACGGAGUUGGAAAACAAAACACUGCAUGGCAGGCUUUACACACACAAGCUCAUGAACACACACACACACACAUACACACUCUUCCUGGAAUGAUAUGUUCUGCUCCCAGAUCUUUUUUCACAGUAGGAAUUUAGCAACUGUUGUUUAGUAGAAGAGUAUCUUAGCUCUCGGCUGGAGGUAACAAACGAUUCCAAAUCCUUUGAAGUGAGAAAUCGGCUUGUUCUCGGUUCCAGCAAUCACCCACAUAUCCCUCGCCACAGUGUGUGCCUCUCAUUUCCUCAGCGCUCUCGCUACAGAGACUCCGGUCGCGUCGUCGGUUACGGUCGAGGGUGAAAAUAACCACCGCUUUCAUGGAAUAAUGAAUAGAAGUAAAACAAUUGCAGAGGGUCUUUUUUCGCAGAACAUGUCGAGAACAUGUCAGUAGUCCUCGCAGACCGUUCCUACCCUGCCUCUCGUGAACAGUGAAUUUGAAUGUCUUGACCUGGAAAUCUGGGGAUUCAGUUUUCCAAGAACUGAAAGUCCGGGGAAUAAAAUGACAAAAUCGACAGGAACAUUUACUGGAAAACUAAAAAAAUUGGGUUCCCCAAACUUCUUUUUUCUCGUGAGACAUUUUGUUGAUGAAGGAUUGAGAGUUGUAAUAACCCCCUACAUUCAUGUUGGUUAUACAUAAAUCACAUUAAUCUGAACCACUCAAACUAGCCAAGUAUUUUAACAUGUUUGGCUUUCUAAACAACACACGGAGGAAGUUAAUUAAAUACAUAAUGCCAAAGGCAGCCAGCUAGUAGCCAGUGACACAAAGCCAGCUAGUUUGGAGCAAUGCGUACAAGUCAUGGAUGUAUUAUAAGAACUGGAGACUUGGACCCCAAGAUGGCGCCUAUUCAAUCCAAUUAGAGUUGCUCGCCUGGCACGUACUCCCACCUUCCGGGUUUACUCCCGUAGUUUGCGGCCCACUGAUUAUGAGCAGUCGCGUUUCUCCCGCUGUCCCCGCUCUCUCACAUUUUCAAAUCAUUUUUCGUGGCUCGAGGAAAUUUCUACAAAUUAAAAUAGUUGACCUUUGGUCUGCAGGGUGUUUUUGUGCGGCCGCAAUACCAAGAGUGGCCACCGGACGGAAUUAGAAGGGUGGCGCCGUAUCCAGGUCCUAUAACACACCCGCGGUACGAAGGGAUGUCGGAUUGCCGUUUUGCCACUACUCGUUCAUAACAAGAGUUAAGAGGUUUACGGGCAUAAAAAACAAACACGCACCACCCUGCUGGGGGCUUUUCUCAAUCGACUUGUAUCCGUGAACUGAAUGUAAUCGCUAACGCUAAAAUGUCCGACCUAUAACAUGAUCAACUCUUGGCGAACGCUGUGGCGAGGACAUGUCCGCAACGCCCGCUUUCCAUCGCCUGAUGGUUGCAGCAGCAAAAAACUAAGCCUGCCUUGCAAUCGAGGGCGUUGCUGAUACUGCCAACACCGGCACCGCUGCUCCAUCCGCCCACCACCACCUUAAUGCCCCGUGGCGCAUGCUAACGGUCCCAGCGUGCCCAGUCAUCAUGCCAGUCGAGUCGACCUCGCCAGCCUUCGUCAGGUGAAAUAGUGAGAGCAUUCCCCUUCGAGGGGGUUUUAUGGUGCAGCUUCAACCAAUCGAUACCAAAAACCUCCAGCGUGGAACUGCCCUUUAGCCACGGGCAGAGGGAGACCGCCUCCAUACGAGGCCUCUGUGUCCAGCGGCAGCUUUUCUCUACUAACUCUCUGUUUCUGCUCAAUACGGCGAAAAGCAACCCACGUCUGAGACGAAUCCACCGUCUCACUGUUGAUUUCCUUUUGUUGUUCGGUUUCUGUGACUGAAGCUCUAUUGACGGUGAUAAUUCCUUCAGCUUAAUUGAUGCAAAAUCAUGCUAAAAUGUUGAGACGGACGACAGGAUGUAGAAGGAGCCCUCCUAUACAGGAAGUACAAUCAUAGAGGGAUGGGGAUCGUAGCACUUUUGAGAGGCUUUUGAUGGCAUGAAUGUGUACAUAUGUGUGUAUGUGUGUGGUUCCCCGUUAGGCGUACUGUGAGGGACGCAGUGAUUCAGCAAAAUGGUUGAGAACCGAUUUCUUUUUUACUGCUGAACAUGUGGGAGAAAUGUUGGUUGAUGCGUUGGCUGUUUGAAAAUGCUGUUAAUCUAAGCAACGGCUGACAAUGUGUUUAUUCGUCUUUUGUUCAGACCCCUCAUUCGAUUAUUCAUCCAUUCAUUAUUUCAAGUCAUGGAGCUUGAUGUCUCGAGUCAAGAGAUGAGAACUUGCUUUGCACACUAAAAUCAGGCUCUCUGAAGAUGCGUUUAAGUGACAGUUUUCUAUGGCUCAUUAUUUUCUCUGUUCUUUUCUCACUCCCAAAAACAUUUGAAUUUGUCCUGAUUAUUAAAAAGAUGAAGAAAACUAAACCUAGUCUGAAUAUAACAAAUAUCUGGAUGUAAAUCAGAUCAUACAGAUACAGUUCCGAUCAUUUCUGAGCACAGACAGACAGAUCUUCUUGCACAGACGUUCUC